AUAUAGAGUAUUUUCAUAUUUUAAAUGGAUUAAUGGAAUGACAUUCUCGAGGACACAUUUGCUGGCUCAAUUGGAGGCAUUACUUUUGUAUUGAGUGCACAUCCAUUCGAGUAAUGAUUGAUUUAUAAUAUUAGCACAAUUAAAGUGAGAAUGUAAAUGUUCUCUGAAAACACAUCCAUUCUUAAAACAGCCUAUAAAAUAUUUAAUUAGGAAGGAGUACUAAUCUAUAUCAUAAAUAAUGCUAGCCUUUUGCUUUUUAUAAAGGAGUUAUAUCACCACUUUUCUUUAGUUUUCCAGUUUCAGUAACAUUAUUUGCAUGCUAUGAAUAAUACAUGAGAUAUUUUUAAGUUGACAGAUAUUCGUAUUAACUAAUGCAUUGUAUCUUUAACUUCAUUAAGCAGGGGGUGUUGGUGGAGCUUAUGCUGGAUUUAUAUAGAGUUUUGCGACAAGUCCAUCUGAAUUAUUUAAGAUUGUAUUCCAAAUGUAGAUUUCAGAACGCACUCGUAAAUCUGUUUUGAGAUGCAUAUUUGAAUUUGUGAAUAAGGAGGGCAUAGCAUCAGUCUUCAAGGGAGUCUAUUCCACAAUAUUCAGAGACAUCCCUCAAUACACAACUUUCUUUAUUGCAUUUGAAUCUACCAAAUAGUAUUUACAAAAGGAGAAAGGAUAUUUAACGAUAUUUGAUCAAUUCCUGGCUGGAAUAACCGCAGGCAUAGUUUGCAUUUGCUUUUCCUAUCCAUAGGACAUGGUGAAAACAAAAAUAUAGUAUGAAAUUCUUGAAUCUAAAUAAAACCGAAAGUAUUAAGGAAUGGAUGGUGGUAUCUCAAAGUGCGUUAAAGAAAUUUACAAAGCAGGAGGUUUCAAGGGCUUUUGGCAAGGUUUCAAUAGUUGUGCAAUCUACUAUAUGGUAGCAAGUUCAGCGCAAUUGGUUGGGUAUUUAAUUUAUAUAAUUUAUAGAUACGAGCAAAGUCGAAUCUUUUGGGAUACUUACAUUAAACAUUGA